AAGUAGGGGACAAGCUACUGCACACUAUUCCAGAUGCUCGUGGAGAAUGCUUCCCCCCCAAUGUUAUAUUAACAGAAAGCUGCACAUUUUAUGAACGUACACACUCAGGAAAAAGCGUUGGAGAGGGCUCUAAAUGAGAAUAUGGCCAAUGGCAUUGAAGAUCUUAUUGGGAUUCCAUUCCCAAACCACAGCAGCGAAGUCCUUUGUGGCUUGAACGAACAACGGCACAACGGCCUCCUCUGUGACGUCAUUCUCAUUGUCCAGGACCAAGAAUACAGGACCCACAAGUCUGUCUUGGCAGCUUGCAGCCAAUACUUUAAGAAACUCUUCACUGCCAGCACUUUAGCAGACCAGCCCUAUGUUUACGAGAUAGACUUUGUCAAGCCUGAAGCACUUUCGGCCAUCCUGGAGUUUGCCUAUACCUCAACCCUCACCAUCACCACCUCCAACGUCAAGCACAUCCUCAACGCAGCCAAGAUGCUGGAGAUCCCAUGCGUUAUCAACGUUUGCCUUGAAAUCAUGGAGCCCGGAGAGGAGGAGGAGGAGGAGAAGGAGAUGGAGGAGGAAGAGGAAGAAGAGGAAGAGGAUGAGGAGGAGGAAGAAGAAGGGGAAGAGGAAAACGAAGGCUUUGCAAGCCAGAACCUGCCAGAUGUCCAAGAUGUCAGCUGUCACCAAAGUCCUUCAAAAUCUGAUCUCGCUGAAGAAACGUACUCGGAAAUGCCAACUGGUUUUUCCAACCACUUUCCGGGAAAUAGCUCGAAUGGGUCUCUGGGGGUGAUCAGGGACUUCUCUAUUGAGUCCCUCCUAAGGGAGAACUUGUACCCUAAAGCCAGCCUUCCAGAACGGAGACCGACGCUGUCCCCAUUUAUGCCUGACCUCUUACCCCAUCUGUGGAGUGGCGAUUUCAGUGCUUUCCCCCCAAUGGAGGAGCAGGCGGUGGACAACGGGCCCUUGGACCUGGUGAUCCGAAAGCGGAAGAUCAAAGAGGAGGAGAAAGAGGAACCCCCGCCCGCCCCCUUCCCAGACAACCUCUUCAAGGACCUCUUUGCCAACAACCCAGCCCCCCAUUUGGGCCACGUCAAAGCCGAAAACGAUUAUAGCGCUUAUCUGAACUUCCUCAGUGCAGCCCACUUUGGAGGGGUUUUUCCUCGGUGGCCGGAGGAGAGGAAGAUCAAACCCAAAGCUUCUCAGCAGUGUCCCAUCUGCAACAAGAUAAUAAUGGGGGCUGGGAAGCUGCCGCGACAUAUGAGGACCCACACGGGAGAGAAGCCAUAUAUGUGCAGUAUUUGUGAAGUUCGAUUUACCAGGCAAGACAAGCUGAAGAUCCACAUGCGGAAGCACACCGGAGAAAGGCCGUACCUCUGCAUCCACUGCAAUGCCAAAUUCGUCCACAACUACGACCUAAAGAACCACAUGCGCAUCCACACGGGCAUCCGCCCGUACCAGUGCAAGUUCUGCUACAAGAGCUUCACGCGCUCCGACCACCUGCACCGCCACAUCAAGCGCCAGAGCUGCCGGAUCUCCCGGCCCCGGAGGGGCCGCAAGCCGGCCCCUUGGAGAGCAGCCAGCUUGCUCUUUGCACAGAACAGCCAGCCGGACGACAAGAGCUUCCUGGUGCCUCCGGCUCUGGAAGAGAUGAGCGGCCAUCAUCUGGGCAGUGCGGCUGCCAUGUGCCUUCCGGGCCCCAGCCCUAAGCAUUUCAUGGAAGGGGCCAAGAACGCUCUUAAUUUGCAAGAGCUGGAGAGCCAGUUUGAGGAAACCCAAAUGAAGCUCUUUGGAAGGACGCGCCUGGACAUGGAGCAGAGCAGCAGCCUCUUCGCCUUCGCCCUGGGCCACAACGAGAGCCUCUCGGCACGGCCGCUGUUCUCUCUGCCGGACCCUUGGGGUGCAGGGUUCAGCGGACUGGCCGCCCUCAACCACCUCGCCCCCAUCUAAGCCACCUUCUGUCCAAUGGAUGGUUUCGGCGUUCUUCAGCACUGCUGUGGUUCUCUCUUGCAAAGGGACAUGUCAAGAUUAAGGGACCGUUUCCCCCCCUUGUUGAAAGACUGAAUCAGAAACUGAAUUACUCCCCAUGAACCGCCCAGACUGGUUUCCAGUCCACCCAAAGACAGCUUUCCUGUAUGCCCAACCGACUUGGGGAAGACAAGCAGCGGUUUCCAAGCAGAACAUCUGGAUAUUUUUUUCUUUAAUGUACAGACAUCUUUCUGAGCUAUUGUUUUGCAGAUGAUGGUUUUCUUUAGACUUGGUCAUUUGUUUGGGAUUGGGUUGGGGUUUCUAUUUGUUUGUUUGUGGGGUUUAUUUUUUGUCUAACAUCGGAGCCCUUGUAAAAUAUCCAAAGAUUCUGAGUACUGUAGAAGAACUUGAAACAGAAGGGACCA